AUGCGGGACAGGCUGGAGAGGCUGCAGACCAUUAGAGAGGAGCAGGAGGAGUAUGAGCCCGAAUUCUAUGGGUUUGAGUAUGAUGUAGACAAGGGGACUUUGUCUCAUCAAGCGGUAAUAUUUGAGAGCUCCUCAGCUAUUGAGGUCAUCCUAAAGGAGGCUGAGUCAAUACGCAAGGACAUCUCCCUGCUCCACUUGGAGGUGGCACGUCUGUGCGCCCACAACGAACGAUUUAGCACCUCCGUGCGCCGCCUGACCCUUAUUAAAAAGGAUUGUGACUCCAUUGCCAGAGGGAUCCAACAGCGGGGGGAGGCUCUGUACGCCCGUCUACAGGUCCUGAGUAAACAGAGCAAAGAGCUUGAGGAGAAAGAGGGCGCCAACGGUGCUGUUAGUCGCAUUGCCCGUGCUCAGUACGAGUCACUGACCUGCGCCUUCCACAGUGCUAUGACUGACUACAGUAAGGCGGAAGAGGUUCAGAGGAAUACCUGUAGGGUGAGGAUCCAGAGGCAGGCCUCAAUACUGGGGAAAGAAAUCACUGAUGAGCAGCUGGAUGCGCUGGUGGACAAAGGAGGUGAGGGCUGGGCAGAGCUGUCCCAAGGCCUUCAGAAUCAGAGUGUACGCUCUUGCCGCACUGCGUUGUGCGAGAUCAAAGGCAGACACAAGGACCUGGUGGAGCUGGAGGCCAGGAUGAAGGAGAUCCACGAGCUGUUCCUCCAAAUGGCCAUACUAGUGGAGGAGCAGGGAUCCAUGCUCAAUAACAUUGAGGCUCAUGUGUGCAACACUGUGGAAUAUAUUGAAAAAGUCCACAUUCAUAUGAAGAAGGCCAUACAGUACAAGAGGAAAAACCCUUUUCUCCAGUGUUGCCCCUGUCUACCGUGCUGGAAAAACGACCAAACUUUUUAG